AUGGAUGAUAGAGCUAUUUUGGAAGCACUUGAUACUAGUGAUGGAGACUUUUCUGGCGAUGAAGAUGAACCAGAGUACUUGCCUCCAGAAGUCAAUGAACCCUCGUCAUCGGAGUCUGAAGAAGAGCCUUCUCAACCUCAAGUAAGCCAUGAAGAAGUUACUUCUCGCCAGUUUUGGCUCAGUAAAGAAAUGAUUUCUCGAGGUCCUGACAUCACUGAAGAUGUACUCCUCAGUCAGGGCAGUUCAAAGUCCAACUGCCUCUAUUCGUUUUUCGAAUAUUUGGAUUUGGAAUUCUGGAAACUUGUAGCUGACCAAACUAACUUGUACUCAGCACAGACACGCGAUUUGAGAUCAGUUUGUACAAAUCACGUGGAAAUGUUUCAAUUUACUGGAAUACAGAUACUCAUGGGUACUCUAAAGUAUCCACAAGCUAGGCUUUACUGGAGUAGGGAACUUUGUGUACCCCUGGUCAAGGACACAAUGACUCGCGACCGGUUUUUCGAACUUCGAAAUCAUCUGCACUUUGCUGAUAAUACUGCGACUCGGGUAGAUGGCGACAAAUUGUGGAAAAUACGGCCUAUGCUAAGCAACAUAUUGAAAAAAUGCCAUAGCUUACCGAGAUCAAUGCAUAUGUCCAUUGAUGAGCAAAUGGUACCAUUUUCCGGGAGGUGCGACUACCGACAAUACGUGCCUUCAAAGCCGAACCCACUUGGUUUGAAGAACUUCGUUCUGGCUACGAGAGACGGUCUUGUCCUUGAUUUUGAAAUUUAUGUGGGUUCAUGUACAAUACCUCAAGUAGACAUGGCUGUACUUGGGCUUGGAGCAGGCGUUGUGAAACUGCUAUGCCGCACAGUUGACAAAAACUGUGUCCUAUACACAGAUCGAUUUUUCACUAGCCUGAAGCUGGCAAAUUAUUUAAAUGAAAACAAAAACAAUGUGUAUUUGACUGGAACUGUGAUGAGUAAUAGAUUUGGAGAUGUUUCAAAGAAGCUGAAGACUGACAAGCUUUUGAAAAGAGGCGAGUUUGAUGAGAAAGUUAGAAACGAUGAGAAGGUAUGUGUGGUAAAAUGGAAGGACACCAAAGCCGUUACAAUGCUUUCCACUUGCUCAGGCAGCGCUCCGAUGGCAACCUGCAAACGCUGGGUCAAGACUGCAAAAAGAAAAAUAGAUGUACCGCAGCCCAAUGUCGUGAAGAACUACAACACCUGUAUGGGAGGCAUUGACCUAUGCGACAGGCUGAUAGCCUAUUACCGAAGUGCCAUGCGAACCAAAAAGUGGCCUGUGAGAGCCUUCAGUCACUUUGUGGAUCUUAGCAUAGUAAACUGCUGGAUAAUGUACGUCCGUUGCUGCAACCAAGAGGGAAUAGAACCCAAGGACAAGCUUGGAUUACUACAAUACAGGCUAAAUGUGGCAACCGCAAUGGCGAGGUUCAGUGGCGGAAGGGUUGACCCAGAUUUUACAUCGAGGCCAAGUAUUAGCAGGGAAGAGGUUGACCAGCCUACUGUGUCGACUGAAAGAAAUGAAGGGGAACCUAAAAAAAAGUACCGAGCAGUGGUGCCCCUACCAAACCCUGAGGUUCGGUUGGAUGGUGUUGGACACUUGCCGCGGUUCAUGGAUGAUAAGUUCCCAUCAAAAUGCAGGCAUCCCCAAUGCUCCUCACGUUGUCGCACCAUUUGUACGAAGUGCAAAAUAUACCUAUGUGUAAUGAAAAACAACUGUUUUGAAAUGUACCACACCUACAAAUAA